AUGGCGGCCGAAAUACAGAAACUAGAAAUGUCGGACGGUUUUCUCGUCUACGCCAACCCCAAGGCAGCCAUGGAGACGCAAUUCAUCCACAAGGAAAUCUUUCAAGACAAAUGUUAUGAUGUCGCACCCUUCCCCGAGGACGCCUUCAUGAUUGAUGCGGGAGGCAACAUUGGCAUGUUCAGCCUGUACAUGAAGAAGAAAUACCCGGCUGCCACAAUCCUAGCAUUCGAACCCGCACCGACGACUUUCAACACAUUCAAGAAGAACAUGGAACUGCACAACAUUUCAGGCGUGCAGGUCUACCAGUGCGGGCUGGGUCGUGAGAAUUCCAACGAGACGUUGACUUUUUAUCCCAACAUGCCCGGCAAUUCGACCUUGCAUGGUGGCGAAAAAGAAGAGUUUAUCAAGACGGCAGAUUCUGAACACCCUGUUAUUAAGUUGCUAAGCGAGGUCGAGCAGGUUCAGGUCGACGUCAAGCGACUAUCGGGGUUUCUAAACGAUCUUCCCGACCUGAAGCGGAUUGACUUGCUCAAGAUUGAUGUGGAAGGUGCGGAGCUGGACAUCUUCCGCGGACUGGACAAUGUACACUGGGACUUGAUUGAAAACAUUGUCUUGGAGAUUUGUGACCACAAUGGAGCAUUGGAAGAAGCUGAAGCGCUUUUGCGAGAGAAGGGAUUUGAGACUUCCAAGGAGUUGGCGGACUGGGCGCCGAAAGAGAUGCCGAUGUACAUGAUGGUAGCUAAACGGGCUCAUCACUAG